AUGAUGAAGCAGAAAUUACGAGUGGAUCAUGAUCAAACCAUGAACAUGAUGAUUCAACCGAUUAUGUUAAAACAAAGUACAACGACACAUGAAAGAGAGAUGACUCAUAUCGAAGACACACAAACCAUGAAAAUGAUGGUGGAGAAUGCUUUAAAACAAAGUGCUAUGGCACAUGAAAGAGAGAUGAGCCAGCUUAAAGACACACUCCUAUUGAAAGACACACAAACCAUGAACAUGGUGAAACAAAUGAUGGAGACUGCAUUCAAAGAGAAUGCGAUGGUACAUGAAAGAGACAUGUGUCAACUAAAAGACACACUCCAGCUGAAAGACACACAAACCAUCAACAUGAUGACGCAAAUGAGUGCAGAAACAUAUGAACGACAGAUGCGUCAAAUGAAAGACAUUAUUCAACAGAAAGACAGACUAACCAUGGAAAUGAUGGAAAAAAUGAUGGAAAAUGCAUUAAAACAGAGUGAAAUAGCACAUGAAAGAGGAAUGCAUCAUCAAUCCCCCCGAAAGGGUAAGACAUGUGGAUGCAACAUUAUGUGA